UAGCAACCAAGGACACAUAUUUGUUCCAUGGCAUGGUCUCCUUGAUGUUUCAUUUUGGAUGGACUUGGAUAGGACUGGUCAUCUCAGAUGAUGACCAAGGUAUUCAGUUUCUUUCAGACUUGAGAGAAGAAAUACAAAGGCAUGCGAUCUGUUUAGCUUUUGUGAAUAUGAUCCCAGAAACCAUGCAGAUAUACAAGACAAGAGUUAAGAUAUAUGACCAACAACUUAUGACAUCUUCAGCAAAGGUUGUUAUCAUUUAUGGCGAAAUGAACUCCACUCUAGAACUCAGCUUUAGAAGAUGGGCAUAUUUAGGUGCACAGAGAAUCUGGAUCACAACCUCACAAUGGGAUGUCAUCACAAACAAAAAAGAUUUCAGCCUUGAUUUCUUCCACGGGACUGUCACUUUUGCCCAUCACCACAAUGACAUUGCUAUAUUUAGAAAUUUUAUGGAAACAAUAAACACAUCUAUGUAUCCAGUAGAUAUUUCACAGUCUAUGCUGCAGUGGAAUCAUUUUAACUGUUCAAUCUCAAAAAGCAAUAACAAAAUGGAUUGUUUUACGUUCAGCAACCCAUUGGAAUGGUUAACACAGCACACAUUCGAUAUGGUCCUGAGUGAAGAAGGUUACAAUUUGUAUAAUGCUGUGUAUGCUGUGGCCCACACCUAUCACGAACUCAUUUUUCAACAAAUAGAGUCUCAGGACAUGGCAGAACCCAAAGGAGUAUUCACUGACUGCCAGCAGGUGGAUUCUUUGCUAAAAACUAGGGUAUUUACUAACCCUGUUGGAGAACUGGUGGACAUGAAUCAUAAGGAAAAUCAGUGUGCCAAGUAUGACAUUUUCAUCAUUUGGAAUUUUCCACAAGGCCUUGGAUUAAAAGUGAAAAUAGGAAGCUAUUUUCCUUGUUUAACACAGAGUCAACAACUUCAUAUAUGUGAAGACUGGGAAUGGGUCACAGGAGAAACAUUGGUUCCCUCCUCAGUGUGUAGUGUGACAUGUACUGCAGGAUUCAGAAAAAUUCAUCAGAAACAAACAGCCGACUGCUGCUUUGAUUGUGUCCAGUGCCAAGAAAAUGAGAUUGCCAAUGAUACAGAUAUGGAGCAGUGUGUGCGGUGUCCAGAUGAUUCGUAUGCCAACUUAGAACAAACUCAGUGCCUCCAAAGAGCUGUGACAUUUCUCGCUUAUGAAGAUCCACUGGGGAUGGCUCUAGGCUGCAUGGCCCUGUCCUUCUCAGCCAUCACAAUUCUAGUACUAGUCACUUUUGUGAAGUACAGGGAUACUCCCAUUGUGAAAGCCAAUAACCGCAUUCUCAGCUACAUCCUGCUCAUAUCUCUAGUCUUCUGUUUUCUCUGCUCAUUGCUCUUCAUUGGACAUCCCAAACAGGCUACCUGCAUCCUGCAGCAGACCACAUUUGCAAUAUUUUUCACAGUUGCUAUUUCUACUGUGCUGGCCAAAACAAUAACUGUGGUCACAGCUUUCAAGUUCACUACACCAGGGAGAAGGAUAAGAAGGAUGAUGAUAAAGGGGGCAAUUAACUUGCUCAUUCCCAUUUGUACCCUAAUCCAACUUGUUCUCUGUGGAAUCUGGUUGGUGACAUCUCCUCCAUUUAUUGACAGAGAUACACACUCUGAACAUGGAAAGAUAAUCGUCACUUGCAACAAAGGCUCUGUCAUUGCCUUCCACUUUGUCUUGGGAUAUUUGGGCUCCUUGGCUCUGGGGAGCUUCACUGUGGCUUUCUUGGCUAGGAACCUUCCUGACAGAUUCAAUGAGGCCAAGUUCCUAACAUUCAGCAUGUUGGUGUUCUACAGUGUUUGGAUCACCUUCCUCCCUGUCUACCACAGCACCAGGGGGAAGGUUAUGGUUGUUGUUGAGGUUUUCUCCAUCUUGGCUUCUAGUGCAGGGUUGCUAGGGUGCAUAUUUGUCCAAAAGUGUUAUGUUCUUUUAGUUCGACCAGAUUUAAAUGUUCAUCAGAAAUAA